AUGGCCCAAAUCAAUGCGAUGCUCCUCGACCAGAAGAACACCUCCAAUAGCUGGCAAGAAACCACAUGUCGUUGGCUUCAAUCCAACAAGGAGGUGUGGAAAUCCUGGAUCCCCGACGAGAGCCAAUGCUUCCCCGGCUUCGGCCUCUACGACAGCGUGCUGGAGGACUUCACGGAGCAGCGAGUGAAUGCCUCGAACCCGAUCGUGUGCAAGGCGUGCACUUCGGGCACGUUCUCAAAGGCUCUGUCGGAUUCCAUUGGCGAGACCUACAUUUGCGCCCCAUGUGCCAAGGGAACUAGCCAAGACAUGGGUGCGGCUACCUAUUGCAAGCCAUGCAAGUCAGGCGAGUAUCAGGAUGAGAUUGGGAGCCGAACUUGCAAGCGCUGUGAUAUCGCCAGCUACCAG